AUGUUACACGACCUGAUUGGAGAGAUGUUACACGACCUGAUUGGAGCGAUGUUACGUGGCCUGAUUGGAGCGAUGUUACACGACCUGAUUGGAGCGAUGUUACAAGAGAGACCCGACUCAGAGGAACCAGAGACGUCUGAACCAGUGAGACGACACCACUGUUCCCAGUGUGGAAAGAGUUUUAACCAUUUAGGGAGUCUUAAAAACCACAAGAGAACACAUGCAGAGAAGAAGUCUUACAACUGCUCUCAGUGUGCAAAGAGUUUUAGCUGGUCUGGGCAACUGAAAGAACACGAGAGAAUACACACAGGAGUGAAGCCUUACCACUGCUCCCAGUGUGGAAAGAGGUUUUUCAAGUCAUCACAUCUGAACGAGCAUAAGAGAAUACACACAGGAGAAAAAACAUUCCAAUGCUCUCAGUGUGGAAGGACAUUUUCCCGAUCAGGGGACCUGAAAUCACAUGAAAGAACACACACAGGGGAAAAGCCUUAUCACUGCUCUCAAUGCGGAAAGAGUUUUACCCGUUUAGGGAACCAAAAAAUGCAUGAGCGAAUACACACAGGAGUGAAGCCUUACAACUGCUCACAGUGUGAAAAGAGUUUUGCGAAGUUAGGUAACCUUAAAAUACAUAAAAGAAUACACACAGGGGAAAAACCAUUCCAAUGCUCUCAGUGUGGAAAGACAUUUUCACGAUCAGGGGACCUGAAAUCGCACGAAAGAAUACACACAGGGGAAAAGCCUUAUCACUGUUCCCAUUGUAAAAGUAGUUUUAGCUGGUCAGGGCAACUGAAAGAGCAUGAGAGAACACACACAGGCGUGAAGCCUUACCACUGCUCCACGUGUGGAAAGAGUUUUAGAAGGUUGGGGUCCCUUAAAUCACAUAAGCUGUAUACACACACAGGAGAAAAGCCAUGUAACGUCUCCCCGUGUGAAAAAAAUAAGUAUGUGUCAUUAGGGGACAUGAAAAAGCCUGAGAGAACACACUCUGUAGAGAAGCCUUUCCAAUGCUCUCAGUGUGUGUGA